CCUACCAAGACAGUUGGGUGAAAGCAAGAAAAAUCAGCUCCUGAAAGAAUCUCUUUAGUCUCGCUCAUUGACUAUAAAGAGCCAGCGAGAAGCGCACAAUCCCUCACUUAAGGCACCAUGAAGGCUCUUCUUCUGCUAGUAGCGGUUGGCCUUUGCUGGGCACAAUACAAUCCAAAUACAAAGUCUGGGACGACGUCUAUUGUCCACCUAUUUGAAUGGCGUUGGGCUGACAUUGCUCUUGAAUGUGAACGGUACUUAGCACCCUAUGGAUUUGGAGGAGUUCAGAUAUCACCUCCAAAUGAAAAUAUUAUAGUUACUAAUCCCUCGAGACCCUGGUGGGAAAGGUACCAGCCAAUCAGCUACAAACUGUGCACACGAUCUGGAAAUGAAAAUGAAUUUAAAGACAUGGUGACCAGGUGCAACAAUGUUGGAGUUCGUAUUUAUGUGGAUGCUGUAGUCAACCACAUGUGUGGAUCUGGUGGCGGCUCUGGAAAUGGUGCUACUUGUGGAAGCUAUUUCAACGCAGGGGCCAGAGAUUUUCCUUCAGUGCCAUACUCAGCCUGGGACUUUAACGAUGGUAAAUGUAAAACUGGAAGUGGAGAGAUUGAAAAUUACAAUGAUGUGAAUCAGGUCCGUGACUGCCGCCUGGUUGGUCUUCUUGAUCUUGCCCUGGAGAAGGACUAUGUACGCUCGAAAGUUGCUGACUUCAUGAACAACCUCAUUGAUAUUGGGGUGGCAGGCUUCAGAAUUGAUGCUUCCAAGCACAUGUGGCCUGGGGAUAUGAAGGCAUUUUUAGACAAACUGAACAACCUAAAUACUCGAUGGUUUUCCUCAGGAACGAGGCCUUUUAUUUACCAGGAGGUAAUUGACUUGGGUGGAGAGGCAAUUAAAGCCAGUGACUACUUUGGAAAUGGCCGAGUGACUGAAUUCAAAUACGGUGCGAAAUUGGGGACAGUCAUCCGCAGAUGGAAUGGAGAAAAGAUGGCCUAUUUAAAGAACUGGGGAGAAGGCUGGGGUUUAAUGGCUUCUGACAGAGCCCUGGUCUUUGUGGAUAAUCAUGACAAUCAAAGGGGACAUGGUGCUGGAGGAGCUUCUAUUCUAACCUUCUGGGAUGCCAGACUAUAUAAAAUGGCAGUUGGUUUCAUGCUUGCUCAUCCUUAUGGAUUCACACGUGUAAUGUCAAGUUACCGCUGGACAAGAAAUUUCCAAGAUGGAAAGGAUGUUAAUGACUGGAUAGGACCACCAAGCAACGGUGAUGGCUCAACCAAAGAUGUUACAAUCAAUGCAGAUAGCACUUGUGGCAAUGGUUGGGUCUGUGAACAUAGGUGGCGUCAAAUAAGGAACAUGGUUAUUUUCCGUAAUGUGGUUGAUGGCCAGCCUUUCUCAAACUGGUGGGACAAUGGCAGCAAUCAAGUGGCUUUUGGGCGUGGUAAUAGAGGAUUCAUUGUCUUUAAUAAUGAUGACGGGAGCUUGAAUGUGAAUUUGCAAACUGGCCUUCCUGCUGGCACUUACUGUGAUGUUAUUUCUGGGCAAAAGGAGGGCAACUCCUGUACUGGAACAAAAGUCUAUGUUGGGUCUAAUGGUAUUGCCAAUUUCCAGAUUAGUAACCAGGCUGAAGAUCCUUUCAUUGCAAUUCACGUUAAUGCUAAAUUAUAAUGUAAA